AUGUCCUCUUCUUCCACCGACCCGACUAAAGCCAUUUCGGAUCUCCCUAUGGCCCCCUUCGCUAUCGCUGGUUCGGUGGCCGCUGCACUCAGUGCUGGAGUUCUCAUCUAUAGACAUCGUCACCAAGAGCUUCCUCUUCCGCGCUCCCUACGUCGUAUAGCGCCAGCCCUACUCACCAGAGCAGGUGGACAGACCGAGUCGGCUCACUUCAAGAUGCCAGUGUUUGAUGGCCCCGUCUUGUAUGAGAAGGGCGCCAAUGGUCAGAAGAUGGAUAAAAGAUUAUACUGUCAACUCUACGUCCUGGACUGCAUCAACGCCGCUAGGUUGCCGGAGGCUCGAGAGAAGCUUCAGCUCGAGUUAGUCAGAAGGAACAUCCCAAGUGUUAUUUACGACGAUGUGAACAGUCCGAAGACCAUCGGCCUCCUAACUUGGAGUGAGGAUCCGAAGCAUUUCCCUACUGUGGUUAACCCCGUCCUCCAGUUGGAGGGUAUUGGUGAUGUAUUGGAACCUAGACAAGGCUGGACCAUGCUUGGCAAGACCUAUUCAAGUGGCCACGAGGCUGACUUGGAGGAUAUCCUUCUGAGGAAGGUCAUCCGUACCGUCAGCAUGAAAGGUGCGGAGUACGCCGUAUGGUACCCUAUGAGGAGAGAGGGCAAGUUUUAUAAGGAGAAGCCCGAAGACCAGUGCCGGAGAUUACUUGAGCAUGCGGCUAUUGGAAGGGCCUAUGGAAAGGCUGGAGUCUGGGAUGUCCGUCUUAAUUGCUAUGGUUUCGACGCCGAUGAUAACGAGUUCAUCAUUGGGCUCAUGAAUAAGGAUCUUCAUCCUCUUAGCAAGAUCGUUGAGGAUAUGCGCAAGACCGCUCACUCUUCCUUCUUUAUGAAGUCUUUCGGACCCUUCUUUGUGGGUCAGCGUGUGUUUGUUCAUAUUCCUUCCAACUAG